AUGGAAAACUACACCUACAACAGCUUCUCACUUCAGGUGGAGGGGUUAAAGGUUACAGAGCAAUCAGUGUACCCUGUUUUUAUAUUUCUUCUUGUAUCCUAUCUUUUUAUCAUGUUUGCCAAUGUUGGAAUGGUGGUGUUAGUCUGCAUUGAAAAGAGUCUUCACAAUCCUAUGUAUCUUCUUUUCUGUAAUCUGACAUUCAACGACAUCCUAGGUAACUCCAUCAUGGUGCCAAGGCUUCUUGCAGACAUUCUGGUGCCUCCUUCUGAACGCAUAAUUAGCUACUACGAGUGUGUGGUCCAAGCCUUUACCACACAUAUGUUUGCCACAGCCUCUCACACAGUUCUGAUGAUUGGGCUGACCAUCAGACUGAACAGAUGCAGAACCAUGAUCACAAAUCCUUACUGUGACAAUGCCUCACUGUUUAAACUAUCCUGUGAGAGCGUUUUCAUUAACAAUCUAUAUGGACUGUCAUUUACUGUGGUGCUCUUGUCAUCUUCUAUAGGCAGUAUGGUCCUUACUUAUACAAAGAUUACAGCAGUAUGUCUGACUAGUAAGAACAAAGCUUUGAACAGUAAAGCUCUUAAGACUUGCAGCACUCAUCUCUUUGUAUACCUCAUCAUGCUUUUAAGUGGUUUCUUGAUUAUUCUAAUGCAUCGCUUCCCUCAGUAUUCAGACUAUAGAAAACUUUGUGCAAUUCUAAUUCACAUCAUCCCUUCAAGCCUGAACCCCAUCAUCUAUGGAAUACAGUCCAAAGAGAUCCGUGUAUUCUUGUCAAACCAGUUCCACACCAGAAAGGUUUUUCAAUAA